AUGACGCCUCCAACACUUCCACCACCUUCUCACCCUCAUGUCGAGUACCUGACUAUCGAACCGCUGACGCCGUCCGCCUUUGCCGAGUUCGGCACGGCCAUAUCUCCUCCCUUCCCACCCACUCUCACCCAUCCUCCCGGAUCGGCCGAUACAAUCCCUCCUCCUGUCCACUCACCCCAUCAACCCACCGCGGUGCUGGCAAACCAGAACUCCGCGCUUAAAACGUCCCCGAUCUCGCAAUUCGUCAACAACUAUGCCCGCUCAUCGACUCCCCAGCUGUCGACGCCUCAGAUGAGCAUGUUCUCCUGUUUCCCCCGGAACCUGAGCGGGAUCGGUAUGGACACGUCACCCAGCUCCCGAGGAGAGUUGGCGUUCAAGGUCGACAUUCUGGAACGCCAUCCGUAUACGACGCAGACGUUCGCCCCGUUGGGCCUGUCUGCCGGCACCGACGCAGGGACGAUAUUCCUGGUCAUUGUGGCGCCGUCUCUCCCCGGCUCGAUCGCAGCAGCGACGUUGCCUGAUGGAUCGUCGAAAAUCGUGACCGAUCCGCCCGCCCUAUCUCGGCUGCGUGCGUUCGUCGCGAGGGGAGAUCAGGCGGUCACGUACGCGGCGGGGACGUGGCACGCGCCGAUGGUCGUGUUGGGCGAGAAGAGGGUGGACUUCCUCGUCACGCAGUUUGUGAAUGGAGUGGCCGAAGAUGAUUGCCAGGAGGUGCUGCUGGGGAGGAAUAGCGUGCGCGUGGAUCUGAGCGAGUUGAGGCUGCAGAAUGGGAAGAGAGGGACAGCAAAGCUGUGA